UUACGAUUAACUCUUUCUCUUGAUUUGUUUACGAUUUACGAAAGAUAUUAAUCUGUCUCUUGCCGAUCACAGCCAGCGAAAUAUUUAUCGUUAAUUGAUGAAACCUGGCUCGAGGACUUUUCCUCAACUAUCUACUUGCCAGGGAAGGAUCAUCGACUGCGACCCUCGACAAGUGACAUCGUCACCGCCGCAUUGAUGGAAGUUGGACCACAAAUGAUCCACAAAUCGUUAAUCAUCGUCGUAGAGCCCAAGGCAAUAGUAUACGACACGAAUUAUGAGAGCGAUUAACCGACUAAGAGGCAAAGAGAAGGGAAAACAAGAGAGGAAUCACGUUCCACGGAUACGUAAAAUCGCCAGCGCGUGGCGCGACAGAAUGUUCAUCGCGAAAGCUGGUCGCCCGAAUUUGAGACAUUUUUGGUAUUCCGACACGAUCGAGGACCAAAUUCAUUUCUAUGAUAAGCAUGCGAUUAUCUCACCACGAACGACUCGAGCAAGCUCAGUGGAAGCUUUGCGAUCAUCGGUCAUGAAUCGAUCGUUGGGAUCUUCGUUAUAACGAUUUUAAUAGAGAUAUGAUUGGAUCGAGUGCGACACACAUUCACGAUUUUCAACUUGUACGCGAGAACAUCGCACAUCGAGAGAAAGAUUGCUGUUAGAUUUUGUACACGAGGCGUUUUCCUCAAAGCCGACGCGUUUGUUUCGCUUUGACUCAGAUGUCCGAGACACUGGAAAUACGUCAGUCGAAUUUUACCGCUACGUGUCAUCGAUCAUUAAUUAAGUACGUUCAUUAAGACUCGCUUCAAAUACAUCGUUCCUUUUGUAGAAUUAAACGCACCCGAGUAGUCCCUUUAUUAAACUACGGAUUGAUUUAGCGCACAGCUGAUUUUUUUUUUUUUUUUUUUUGGAGGAGAUAGAAAAGAUGGUAAUCUCGAUCGCUCUCUCUCUAACGUUGAAUUCAGGAUAUCUUACGCGGUAUUUUGUAUAAAGUAUAGAGUAUGUGAGUUCUAUAAGAAAUUUUUUUGGAGAUUUUCUCUCUGAGCGCUUACUUCAUUUAGUCUGUUCUUCCUAGAUGCACAUUCUACGCUUUUCCUCUUCCUUUUUCUCUUUCCAAAGCGUAAAUAUAUAGUUGCUUCGUUUUAAGUGCAAGAAAGCGUGAAAGGAGCUUGCAGCUGGUAAGAACAGAUGUAAAUGAUAAAUCGAGAUGUAUCAAAACGAAGGAUAUUGAUAAUUUUAUUGUCGAGUUACUUUAGUUUCGGUCGGAGAUAAGAUGAUGGCAAUAGAUCACCGCGAUCCCUAGAUGGAAGUUUGCGCCUUAUGUUACAUAAAUUCUUGUAUAUGUAUAUUGCUAAGUUCUUUAAUAUAUGUAUUCGGGCUCAAUCAUUAUCUCGUCCGUCUUUAAGAAUUUAUUUAAUUUUCGUCACUGACGCGUGUGAGUGCAAGUAAGUUGUAAAAAGGAAAGGAGAAACUGGGAAACUUUUCCCAGGGAAAAAAAAGCGCAUUUAACUCUUUCACUAGUUUAAGCGGAAGCGAAGCGAUAAAUUAAAUUACGAUUAAUAGACGCGGUGCCGCACAUAUUUCUCUUUCUUCAUCGAACUGGAGAUGCAGAUUAAGAGGGUUGAAAGGGUUGAACGCGGAGCGUUCGAGCUAGUGAUUGAGCCCCCCCCCCCCCGUUUAUUAGUUUUUACGUAUUCGCGAUCGAAAGGGACCCGUCCGCUAUCGAUCGCGACCGAAGGGCAUGAAGAAAGAAGAAGAUGAAGAAGAAGAGAAGAGAGAGAUAGUAGGUAUCAUAAAUUGAGUCGCGCGCACACACACGCAGUGUGUUCUUCGCGAAUCAACCGGAGAAAUCGGAGCUUGGGCAGGAGCUUGAUCGACGUGCGUGAUCGACGAUUCGUCCAGGAGCGACUUGUCCGACGAUGUGAGGCGUGGCCCGCAUAUUCGGAGCAGCGUCGACCCUCCCAAUCACCCCCCCUCGCGUCCGGCCCUCCCUCCUACCCUUGUAAUUAAUUUACACACUACGCGUAAUCAUUAUAACACACGCGUCUACACACGGGCUGUAAAACUCGCGCGGCUGACCUCACACAUUCUACGGAUUCACGUAUGAUCUAUCGACAUAAUUAUAGAAAUAUCCAUUACGAGUAUAGCAUUCAGUAGCAUAAAUAAUAAAGUAAUUAAAUAAAUGUCAUCUGUAUAUCCUAUCAAGACAAUGUGUUUUGCGUGUUCCCAAUCUUGCGACGGCGACGAUACGAAUUAAUUAAUUUAAAGUGACGAUGAGUCACCGGAGAGCUCAACGGGAGAUUUGCUGUCUGAAGAUUUACAGGCUUGGCAAAGGGAGAGACGACAUUGCGUGUGUGUCGCGAUACAUCUGAAAUAUUAAUUUAUUUAUAUUACCAAUAGUUAUCACGUGACAAAGAUUUUCCGAGGGAUGCUUUGAAGUUUAAAUGACACUGUAGUGCCGAGAAAAUCGUUUUUUCGUGAAGUGAUGGAACCCAAUAGGACUUACUAUUACGAGAUAACUAAGAGAUACUUGACAAUAGUCGGUCAAUGGCCUUAUCAAAAACCAAAAGAGAGUUUGCUUUUCAUGAUCGUUAUACUCGUUCUCGAUGCCACUGCAGUCAUUACGCAGGCGGCAAGAUUUUUUGUAUGCGAUGAUAUGCAAUGUAUCUUUGAAACUUUACCUCCAUACAUGUUAGCAGUGAUAAUUCCGGUGAAAAUUCUAACUUAUCGAUUUAACAGCCAGAAAAUUAAAGAUCUCACAGAUCGCUUAUUCGUAGACUGGGAUAUGCUAGAGACUAAAAUAGAACGCGAUAUUAUGAGAAAAUAUGCUGAAAACGGCAGAUGGUACUCGCUUAUAUAUGGCCCAUAUGUUUACGUGUCUACGAUUUCAUUUACAACAACCUCUCUCGUGCCACGCAUCUUGGAUGUUUUACGUCCCUUGAAUACUUCUCGUCCUGUGAGGCUAGCAUAUCCAGCGUAUUAUUUCGUUGACGAAAAUCAAUAUUUUUAUUACAUGUUUCUCCAUAUGCUAAGCGUCGCCACUAUAUGUAUAACCGGAUUAAUCGCGCACGAUUGCAUGUUCUUUACAUACGUCGAACACAUCUGCGGUCUUUUCGCCAUCGUUAGAUUUAGAUUUGAGCAUGUGUCGUAUCAACGUGAUAACACGGAGAAAAGUCUCAUUGGUUGUCCGAACGAUAUGUACUUCAAAAACGUUGUGUUUUCGAUUCACGCCCAUCGAAAAGCUCUGCAAUUCACCAAACUUCUUGAAGAUACCUUUUCGACAUCGUUUGUCAUACAACUCUUGAUAGUUACAUUCUGUUUGAGCAUUACUUUACUGCAACUCUCGAUGCAGCUCCACGAUUUCACAGAAGCAAUGAGAUACUUCGUCUUCUUUUGUGCUCAAUUAUUUCAUUUGUUCUGCUUCAGCUUCCAAGGACAGAAAUUGAUAAAUCACAGUCUCGAGACUUGUGACAGGAUAUUUCAUAGCUCAUGGUAUAAAAUACCUGUGAAGGAACAAAGAUUGCUCUUGUUUGUGAUGAGAAAAAGCAUCGAGGCUAGUGCUUUGACCGCCGGCAAGAUAUACGUUUUUUCUCUAGAAAGUUUCACAACGGUCGUGCAGAGCUCGAUGUCGUACUUUACGUUACUAUCAUCCUUUAAUGUAUGAUAGCCGGCGAUUAAGACAGCAUGCAGUAAAAUAUUCGUGAAAAUUCGUUUCAUAGAUGUAAAUUAUUAUAAAUUGUACAUUGAAUAAAAUAAAAUCUAUAUUUGCUAUCAUUUAAAGGCAAAAGUAGUGAAAUUUUGUUAUUAAUGUUACUAGACAACGAAACUUUCUCUCCAAAUAUUUCUUGGAGGGAAUAUAAA